GGGGGGGGGGUUGCGGAUGCAAAAAAAAAUAAAAAAUCGGCGGGAAUGGCGGUAUGUAGGAUACGAGGUGAUAGCGGCCGUUCGACGAAAUACUCACCCGACUCUGACGAUGGCAAGCUGUGUAAGCGGGCUGCGCUAUCACGAGAACCGACCUCGGGCUGGCGGAUAGGAUUGAUCUGGUGCAUCGCCGGCGUGUCGAUGGUGUUUCUGCUCAAUCUGUUAAUCACUAUCUGGGUGGUGAAGAUGUUUUCGGUCCACGAUGGACUGGGGACUGUCUACAAGGGCUCCUGCGCAGAAGCGAAGACGCUGUCGGUGUGGAUUCAUGCCCUGAUCAAUGCGCUGGGUACGUUGGCAUUGAGCGGCAGCAACUAUGCGCAGCAGUGCUUGACGAGCCCUACUCGCGAGGAGGUCGAUCGAGCCCACGCGAAGGGAGAGUGGCUCGACAUCGGCAUGCCGAGCGUCAGGAAUCUGUGGAGAGUCAAGUGGAGAAGGAUGGUACUGUGGUGGUUCCUCGCAGUCACGUCGGUACCGCUGCACUUGUUAUACAAUAGUGCCGUGUUCACAACGAUAGCAUUGAAAUAUUAUUCGGUGGCUGUUGUUCUGGAGAAUAUGUUUUCGUCGGAACCCCCAACGAUCAAUUUCACCAAUCCUAAUAUUUGGCCUAUGCCCCUCAACACCACGGACAUAGGAAACUUCGCGCUGCAGCCGUGGAUAGAAUUUCUCGCCCAUGCUAGAAACUGGACGGUGAUCUCGUCUCGAGAAUGUUUCAGAGACUACGACAAAACAUUUGUCUCCGGAAACAGAAAUGUCGCAGUGGUAUUACAGGGAAACAGUACCGAAGGGUUAUUGAAUGGCUUUCCCGUGAUGGAGACUUUCACUGUCGAACGAUGGCUCUCCGAUCCAGUAAGGUUUCUUUCGACUGACUUCAUGCAUCCUAAAGAAAGUAACAAAAGAAUGGAUGUUGUUCGAUCGGGUGGAGAGUGGAGGGUUCGAAAUCUAGAAGGACAGGUCGUUCCGGUCAAGGAAUGCCGUGCCGAAGUCGUGGACGAAUCUUGCAAGCUGCAGUUCUCCACGUUGAUACUCGCCAUCGUUAUCGUGUGUAGUGCCGUUAAAGUUGCCUGCAUCACCCUGAUUCUUUUCGAACGAAACUUCAUCCCGCUGGUUACCAUCGGCGACGCAAUCCAGAGUUUCCUUUUGAAGCCGGAUCCGAACACUACUGGGAUAUGCUACGCCGACAAGCAGUACAUCGCGGCUCAGCGGAAAGCGGGAAUACCGUGGAACAGCGGAGAUUUGCGGCCGCAGCCGUGGAAACGCCGCUCAUACCACUGGUGGAAUGUCGUCAGUCUCAGGCGGUGGAUUGUCAAUGUGUCCUGCAUGUGCAUCAGUCUCGCCGCUGUGGCAUAUUUAUUACAUCGAGCUGUCACGGCGGAUAUAAUGGCCCACCUUUUCAAUACACUCAAAGAUAUUUGGAAUCGCGGGUUUGGGCAGGCCAGUUUCGAAUCCAUAAUCCAACUGAACAGCAACCCGAAUUCCGACUGGGUCCCGAGCCUAACUGAGGCUGUUCUCCUUGCCAACUUACCUCAGACAAUCCUUUCCCUCCUCUACCUAAUGUACAAUGCGCUUUUUACCAUCAUGCUGUCGGCCCUCGAAUGGAACAGUUAUGCCAACUCUCGAAAGCCACUGCGGGUCACCAGCCCGCGCGAUGGUCAGCGAAGCACAUACUACCUCCAACUGCCGUACCGCUUCGCCCUCACUCUUAUGAUCUUCUCGGGGAUCCUCCACUGGCUCACGUCCCAGGCGCUAUUCUUCGCACGAAUCGAUACAUAUCCUUUACAUAUACCGGGUAGGCCCACUAUGGCUAUAAUCCUAGCGCUCGCGAUGGGAGCUCUAGCGGUAGUCGCAAUCAUCGUCAUGGGUUUACGGAAAUACCGCCACGACAUGCCGAUUCCCAGCGGCUGCUCGGCGGCCAUCAGCGCGGCUUGCCAUGCACCCAGCGCGAACGAGACCGUGGGGGAAGAGAUCAUAUCGAAGCCGUUGCAGUGGGGGGAUGUCAGUGUUGGCUUCGCGGAUGGGGGAACGGGACAUCUGGCGUUCUCGGCUGAUGCAGUCGGGGAGCCGAUAGUGGGGAAGGAGUACGCUGGGCUAAGGGAGAGACGGGAUGCUUUGUGAUGUGUACGC